AUGCAUCGUACAACAAGAUAUCUCGCUCCUAGAAUCGAUAAGGCGACUUGGGAGCAGCACCGAGAGACCAUCACCCGCCUCUACAUCAAUGAAGGUCGCAAACUCAAAGGAAAUGAAGGAGUAAUGCAUAUAAUGUCCAGGGAUCAUGGCUUUUCCGCUACCGAAGCGCAGUAUGAAGCCCGCUUUCGACUCUGGAACAUUCGAAAGAAAAUCAGGAAUCGAGAGUGGAAUGUCAUUCUUCCACAGUUGGAAAAGAGAGCCCAGGACGGCAAGCAAACCCAGAUUGUGCUCAACAACGUCGAACUUAACGAGGAGCGGAUUGCGAGGGAGAUAAGUCGGCGCCUUCCGAACUGCAAUAUCGAUCCGGGGAAACCGCAACAGCCUGGCCUACUAUCUCCUGUCAUCCAGAUGAAAACUCCACCAAACACGGCCGAUUAUAACGGAGACGCUGCCAUGCCUAAUGCGAGCCCCACAAACGCCUUGGUUGUUACACCGAUACAAAUGGGAACAUCCGCAUUCAAGAAUUGGAGGGAGCUUUUAUCAUCCCUGAAGGUGAUUAGAGCAUCAUGCGAUCUCAAAAAAUAG